AUGAAAUUAGACCAAACUGGCUCGCAACUGGGGGCAUGGUGUGCCAAAACGUUUUGGAUUCUGCUUAGCCAAAUCGUGAAUUGCACACUAUUUUUAGUCCUACUCUCCAGCCAAAGUUCACAAACCUGUGAUCGAGGCAAGCUUCAAAGGGCGCACUGGGAGACCCGCUGCCUUCGAAAAGAAGAAGGCGCCACCCACUCUGAGGAGUUUGCCACUCUGUCCGACCAGUACGCCGCAGAGAUCGCCAAGCUUGACGAACAGUGUCGGGAGCUGCGAAAAGACCAGAAGGGCGUCAAAGAGUGCCAUGAGGACAAUCUGAAGCAAAAGCGCGCCUUUGUCCAGCUCGAGCAACUCAUGCAAAUUAAGCUCAAGGUGGCCAAGCAGGAGUUGCAGAACAUGGCAGAAGGAAGGUGGGAAAGUAGGAACAGUUUUGGCAACAGUGCAGGUUCCUAUUUGUAA